GGCGCUGCUCCCCACGGUAUAACGGGACGGUGAAGGAAGCUGAGUGUAGGGGAGGAGAAAGAGAGGCUGAGAGUCAGUGCGGGACGUGUGUAUACACAAUCCGGAGUGAGCGCAGUGAGGCGAGGAUGUAUGAGGAGAACCUGACUUUGCACAGACCCCGCUAUGGAUCUAUUGUGGAUGAUGAAAGACUCUCUGCGGAGGAAAUGGAUGAGAGGAGGCAUCAGAACAUUGCCUAUGAAUAUUUAUGCCACCUAGAGGAAGCCAAACGAUGGAUGGAAACAUGCCUACAUGAAGAAUUACCGCCUACCACAGAGCUUGAAGAAGGAUUGAGAAAUGGUGUCUAUCUUCUCAAACUUGCAAAGUUCUUUGCUCCCAAAUUAGUCUCUGACAGAAAGAUCUAUGACAUUGAACAAACAAGAUUCAAGCGUUCUGGACUACAUUUCCGACACACUGACAAUACAGUGCAGUGGCUCAGAGCAAUGGAUUCAGUUGGAUUACCCAAGAUCUUUUAUCCUGAGACGACAGACGUUUAUGAUCGGAAAAAUAUGCCUCGAGUGAUCUACUGCAUACAUGCACUAAGUUUAUACCUGUUCAAACUUGGGAUAGCCCCUCAAAUCCAAGACUUGCUGGGAAAAGUGGAUUUUACAGAGGAGGAAAUAAGUAAUAUGCGUAAGGAAUUGGAGAAGUAUGGUAUUCAGAUGCCAGCAUUCAGUAAAAUUGGUGGAAUUCUGGCAAACGAACUUUCAGUUGAUGAAGCUGCUUUACAUGCUGCAGUAAUUGCAAUCAAUGAAGCAAUAUCUCGAGGGAAUGCUGAGGAGACCAUAAAGGCUUUAAUGAAUCCAAAUGCCAUUUUGACUAAUAUAGAGAACAAUUUGGCUCAGGAUUACCAAAAUAAAUUGUCUCAGGCCAAACAAACAAAGCAAGAGAGUGCCCAAAGCAAGAGCGAUUCUAUUAAAGCAGAAGAGAGAGAUAUGUAUGAGGAACUUCUGACCCGUAUGGAGAUUCAAGACACUAUUGAUCAGGUCAAUGUGAAUAAAGGUUUACAACAAGUAAAUGAAGCCCUAGAGAAACAUGAUCAGGAUAAUUUACUGGCUGGUCUGCAAUUCCCUCCACUAACGCUUGUGGGUGUAAAACCGGAGAAUUCCACAUGGUAUCUCUCACACUUGUAUGCUCACAGAGAACAGAAAUUACAGGAAGAGAAUUUUUCUGGUAUGCUUACCAAGGAUGACCUUCAAGCAGGAGUUAACCUUUCCAAUGACCAGGCUGAAGCCCAUAAACUUAAGCUUGAAGCUGUUGAAAAGAUUAAUGCUGCAAUCCGCAAUGGUGAUGCAGCCCAGACUAUGAAAGCAUUAAUGGUGCCACAGGCUCAGUUGCCUGCAGUAUACUCUCAUAUGGCUGACUUGUACCAGGUAGAACUGUCCAACCUGCAGAAACAGAAUCCUGAGGGGCAGCUGACUCAUGAAGAACUUGCUAUAGCAGUGGAGAUGUUGUCUGCAGUGGCUGCUCUGAAUGAAGCGUUGAUCAUGAAUGAUGUUCACGCUGUGAUACAGCACCUCACCAGCCCUUCUAUUGGAGUGAGCAACCUGCACGAUGCAAACACACAACGGUAUGCGGAUAUGCUGGUACUAAUGAAGAGGCAAGCUGCAGACCAAGGACUGCAGUACCUCAGCUGGAAUGACAUUCAAAACUGUAUUGGAGAAAUCAACUUGCAAGUCCAGGAAGAAAAUGAAAAGAUCAUUGCAGCUGGCCUUAUCAAUGAGAUAAUAGAUAAAAAAGAUCCUCAUAAAACACUGGAAGCAUUACUGAUGCCGACUGCUAAAUUACAGGGCGUGAAAUCCUCAAUAGCAUGUCAUUAUCAAGAUGUUCUAUGGCACACUAAGCAACAGAAGUGCAAGGCGUCUCAGGAUGAUUCAGCUGUAUUGUGGUUGGACGAGAUACAGGAAGCGAUCAUUUCUGCAAAUAAGGAUACUGAUGAUGCUCAUUGCUUGGCUGUUGCAAUAUCUAAGAUUAACUCUGCAAUUGAGAUGGGUGAUCCACAGCUAACAUUGACUACAAUACAGUCUUCCAACAUAACCGCGAGAGGGCUUGUACCAGAAUGUGCUGAUACCUAUCAGAAUGAACUCUCUGAAGCAAAAAGGAAAAAGACUGGAGAUGAACCAAAUGGAAGUGUGUGGGUUAUGCACAAGAUAAAAGACAAAUAUGCAUACUACUACAACCUGGAAACUACAGACGGCACAUGGGACAAACCAGAAAAUUUUGUUCAGAACAGUACUCAGCUCAAUAGAGAAGAAAUUCAGGAUACCACUGGCCAAGUCACAGCCGAUUACCACCGUGAGCAGCUCUGGUUAGCGAAGGAGAGUCAGAUUAUCUGUCUGCAGGCACGAGCUCGAGGUUACCUUGUAAGAAAAGCUUACAAAGAACGAUUGAACUACCUCCACAAACAGGAACCUUCUGUCAUCCGAUUACAGUCUUCUUGGAAAGGAUAUAAACAAAGAAAGGCUUACAAGGACAGGCUAAUGGUCCUGCAAAACAAUGUUGCAGCUGUUGUUAAGAUCCAGUCUUUUGUGAAGAUGUGGAAGACCAGAAAAGCAUAUCGUGCAAGAUGCCAGUACUUCAAAGAUCAUACAAAAGAAAUAAUUAAAAUCCAGGCAUUCCUAAGAGCAAAUAAAGCUAAAGAUGACUACAAAACCCUGAUCAGUGCAGAGGAGCCCCCGCUGAAUGUUGUACGUAAGUUUGUUCACCUGCUGGAUCAGAGUGCCUUGGACUUUGAGGAAGAACUGGAAGUUACAAGAAUAAGGGAGGAAGUUGUUACCAAAAUCCGCUCUAAUCAGCAGCUAGAGAAGGACCUCAACCUGAUGGACAUUAAGAUUGGGCUUCUUGUGAAAAAUAGGAUAACAUUACAGGAUGUGAUUUCCCACAGCAAGAAAAUGGAUAAGAAGAACAAGGGCCAAGCUGUGGAAGUGAUUUCGGGUGGGCAAGGGCUAAAAUCACUCAGCAAAGAAAAUAGGAAAAAACUGGAAGCAUACCAACAUCUCUUCUACCUGCUGCAGACAAAUCCAACCUAUUUGGCCAAACUGAUCUUCCAGAUGCCUCAAAACAAGUCAACUAAAUUCAUGGAUACUGUCAUCUUCUCCUUGUACAACUAUGCAUCAAACCAGCGAGAAGAAUAUCUGCUGCUAAAACUCUUUAAAACUGCUUUGGAGGAAGAAAUCAAGUCUAAGGUGGAUCAGGUUCAAGAUAUUGCCACUGGAAACCCCACGGUCAUUAAAAUGGUAGUUACCUUCAACCGUGGUGCGCGUGGACAGAAUGCUCUGAGGCAACUGCUUUCUCCUGUAGUGAAAGAAAUAAUGGAGGAUAAAACACUCGCUAUAAAUACAAACCCCGUGGAGGUAUACAAGGCCUGGGUAAAUCAAAUGGAGAUGCAAACUGGUGAGGCCAGCAAACUGCCAUAUGAUGUCACAGCAGAGCAGGCCUUGUCACAUGAAGAAGUGAAGACCAAACUCGAAACCUCAAUGCGCAACCUGCAAGCUGUCACCGAUAAGGUUCUCAUGUCAAUUAGCACAUCCUUGGACACCAUUCCUUAUGGAAUGAGGUAUAUAGCCAAAGUUCUGAAGAAUUCGUUGCAUGAAAAGUUUCCUGAUUCCACUGAAGAUGAACUGCUAAAGAUUGUAGGCAACCUUCUUUACUAUCGCUACAUGAACCCAGCCAUUGUUGCUCCUGAUGGCUUUGAUAUCAUUGAUAUGACAGCUGGGGGUCAGCUCCAUCCUGAUCAACGGCGGAACUUGGGCUCAGUGGCAAAAGUGCUACAGCACGCUGCUUCAAAUAAGCUAUUCGAAGGAGAAAAUGCACAGUUAUCAUCAAUGAAUGCCUACUUAUCACAGACUUACCAGAAAUUUAGGAAUUUUUUCCAGUUAGCCUGUGAUGUACCAGAACCAGAAGAAAAAUUUAAUAUUGAUGAAUACUCUGACAUGGUGACACUAAGCAAACCGGUUAUUUACAUCUCCAUUGAAGAAAUUAUAAAUACUCACUCGCUGCUGUUAGAACACCAAGAAGCUAUUUCACCAGAUCAUAAUGACCUAUUGCAUGAGUUACUGGAAGGACUGGGAAGUGUACCUGAUGUUGAAACUCUGAUUGGGGAGGGCGCAGUUGACCCAAAUGACCCCAACAAAGAGAAUGUACUUUCCCAGCUUGCAAAGACAGGAGUCUCUCUCACGCUGACCAGCAAGAUUGAUUUGCGAGAGGGGGAUGACAGAGACAUGAAGAUUUUGAUGAUAAAGACCAAACAGUUGAUUGUGGAUGUGAUCAGAACUCAGCCAGGCGAAACGUUGACUGAAAUCCUGGAAACACCAGCGUCCUCACAGCAGCUGUUCAGGAGAGAGAAAGUGACAGUAGAAUUGGACCACACACCAUUCAAAUUAUCUGCAAAGCAUGUGGUUUCAUUUGCAGAGACAUCAUUGGAUGUGAAAUACAAACCAGGGAAAUUGAUGUUUAAGAAUGUCCUCUUUGACAUCACACCAAGUGAAGAAGUGGGAGACUUUGAAGUCAAAGCCAAGUUCAUGGGAGUAGAAAUGGAAAAAGUUCAACUUCAUUUUCAGGACCUGCUGGAGCUACAGUAUGAAGGUGUGGCUGUCAUGAAGAUGUUUGGCAAGGCGAAAGUCAACGUAAAUCUGCUAGUUUUCCUACUAAAUAAAAAGUUCUAUGGAAAAUGAACCAUUCACACUAGCAAUUCUGACUGUCAAAUACACAUUAAAUUCUUUCCUUUUCAUUAAUUCAACAAAUAUUAAGUUUAGUCAAUGGCAGAGUCACAAAGAUAUUUAAAAUAUCCAUUGUAUUGCUUUUUUUAAGGAAAACACAUCACAGUAUUGGACCAAAACUGAUUUCUGCUGUUGUACUUUCUGCAUUAGAACCAAGCUGCCUUGGUAUUAUCAACAGUUCUCAGCUUUGAUUUCUAAUUUUAAAAGUUGAUACAGAAGAAUAUUGUGUAAGAAAAUGGGUGCAUAUGGAUGAUUUGCUGUUUGAGUUACUUGUUUUAUUUGACACUGCACUUAAUUAUAUUUUUCAAAAGGUAGUAAAUACAGGAACCCCAGUUUAAAAUACUCUUAACUAGUAUAAGAGCCACGGAAUCCAGAUGCAUUGUACCUUUACCAGUUGAUGGUUUAAUAUAUUCCUUAGAGAUUUCAACAUAUUCACAAACCACUUUCUCCCCUCAUAAUCAUGGUUGAGUUGUGGACCUGCUACCUGUCAGACCACAAAUGGCUUUUUCUAGCAAUCAAGGAAGAAGCUGUAUGUUAAAAAUGGGCUGCUAAAAUUAUGAACACAGAACGAGCAGAAAAGUGCCACUUAAAUUCUGUGAUGAUUUUGGUUAAGUACAAAAUUGCCUUUCACUUCUGCCUAUUGCUUCGCCUGUAGCUAAGAGUCUCUGCGAAUUGCCUUCUUGCCUCUAAUGGUCUAAAGAGUAUUUCAAGUUUGGUUUUGUUUUGACAAGGUUCAUAUUCAAGGACAAAAACAGAAAUUGCUGGAAAAACUCAGCAGGUCUGGCAGCACCUUUGGAGAGAAAGCAGAGUCAAUGUUUUGUGUCCAAAACACACUAACUCUGCUUUCUCUUCACAGAACUGCCAGAUCCAUUGAGUUUUUCCAGAAAUGUCUGUUUUUCUUUCAGAUUUCAAGCAUCCACAGUUUUUUUUUCAUAUUCAAGGAAAUGCCUUAAUUCAAAUUUAGACUCCAUGUGAUACAAGAUGUAAAGCUAUAUCCAGCAUCUUUUACUCUGAAAUUUUUCAUUCCUGAUUAUUCAAGUGUGCUUUUACUGAGUGACAACACCAGAGAUCUCUCAAUUCACAUAACCAUACAUGCAUAUCUACAACACUUCCAAAAUCCAUUGCUCAUAAUUUUUACAUUUCAGAUGUAUCACAGACAAAAAAGCUUUAUUACAGAGAAAUUCAACUUCAGGAAAACAAGUUCUGUCAGAAUAACUCAGGUCUAAGUUGAAAUCUAAAUAUGCUGCUUACACAGGAAGAAAGCAAUACUUACAAUUGAGCUGUGCAUCACACACUUCUACAGAAUGCUGUCCAUUGAACUGAAUGAACCAUCUGACUGCCACAAAAUUCAUUUGUGUUGAUAACAAUAAACUUGCUUGGCUAGCAAUUAAUUCCAUGGAUCUUUCACAGCAAUAAUUCCUUAUGACUGUGUAUGUUACUUGAUGCUCCCAUUUGUUACAUGCUUGUUAGUUGGAAAAUUUGCUUGUGAUUACCCAAUAAUAAAAGCAUAAAAUACAGGCACAGAUUAAAUUCUGCAACCUUUUGGUGAUUAUCUUCUAAUCUGACACUUCAACUUUCUGUUAUCAGUAUAGACAUAGCUUUACAAGCUGGUGUAACUGAGCAGGUUGCAGAAGCACUAGAAAUGUUGUUCUUUAUUCAUGAAAUUUUUUAGUUGUGAUUUAGAAACCAUCUUCCUGAAUCCUAUAGUUUUGAAUAUUGAUCUUUAAAAUAAAAGCAAUAGAACAAUGGCUUUACUUUCUAUGUAACUGGAGCAAAGCAGCAUUGAUCUGACCUCCAAGCACAAGUGUUUUCAUGUUGCUUACUUAGUUUAAGAAUAAUUAAAAUUAAUCAUUUUAUUUAAAUAGUUGGCUUUAAAUGCAGUGUACAAUUCCAGUUAUGAAACAUUCCAUUAAAAUGUUCAAUGUAAAAAGAUGAUAUUUUAUGAUUUAUACAUUACAAGAUAAUAAAUAUGCACUACUGCCUAACGGCCAAAAAUAUAUUUCCAGCCAAUGUGUACUACCUGUAGAGUGGUAUUAAAGUAAUGAUUUGGCUCUAGUGAUUGAUUUAUGUAUGUCAGUUCAAAUCGACACUUUUGUGCCUUUUGUAUGUAAACUGCUCUGUCCCCAUUGUGAUGGCUAUUUAAAGCUAUUCUUUUAAACCAAAAUAUUGGAAUCUCAUUUGAUGACGUUGAUUUUUCAAUGGUUGUCUGCCUUUCAAAUUGUGUAAAAUAAAUCUUCCUAAAGAGUU